AUGGGGGCCACCGGCUACGGCUACUAUCGUGUAGUCAUCUUCUCGUGCAUGUUCAUGGGCUACUCGCUGUACUUCUUCAACAGGAAGACCUUCUCCUUCGUCAUGCCCUCUGUGAUGGAGGAGAUUGAACUGGACAAAGAUGACUUGGGUCUGAUCACCAGCAGCCAGACAUUGGCCUACGCCAUCAGUAAGUUUAUCAGCGGCGUGCUGUCUGAUCAGAUCAGCGCCCGCUGGCUGUUCUCCAUCGGCCUCUUGCUGGUGGGGGGCAUCAACAUCGCCUUCUCCUGGUCCUCCACUGUAUCAAUGUUCUCACUACUCUGGUUCAUCAACGGCCUGGGACAGGGCUGCGGCUGGCCCCCCUGUGGGAAAGUGCUGCGCAAGUGGUUUGAACCCUCCCAGUUUGGAACAUGGUGGUCGGUGCUGUCCUGCAGUAUGAACCUGGCCGGGAGUCUGGGUCCAAUCCUGGCCACGGUGCUCCUGCAGUACUACGACUGGAGGACCAUCCUGACCAUGUCAGGCAUUUUAUGUGCCUCCUUCUCCUUUGUUUGUCUGGUAUUUAUAAAGAAUGAGCCAAAGGACGUGGGCCUUCCCAGCAUCCAGCCCGCGGCCAAGAAGGGGGCAAAGGGAGGCAACAGCGAAAGCACCCUGAGGGAAUUCCUCCUCUCCCCCUUCCUGUGGGUGUUGUCUCUGGGCUACUUGGUGGUGUUUGGGGUGAAGACAGCUGCCACCGACUGGGGACAGCUAUUCCUCAUGCAGGAGAAAGGCCAAACCGCUCUUAUGGGCAGCACCUACAUGAGUGCCUUGGAGGUGGGAGGAUUUGUGGGCAGUCUCGCAUCAGGCCUCAUCUCAGACAGAGCAGUGGCUCGGAAAGGUUUGGGCACCCAUGGAAACCCCCGACAUGGCCUGCUCAUCGUCAUGAUGGCUGGUAUGUCCGUGUCCAUGUUCCUCUUCAGAGUCACCAUCACAACUGAAAUCCCAGAGGAGGCUCCUCUUUGGGCUCAAGUCAUUCAUCCCCUGUCCGUCCUCAUCGGGGUGACAGAAAAAGAGAUCUGGAUCCUCUUCCUUGGUGCUUUGUUUGGAUUUUCUUCUUACGGACCAAUUGCCUUGUUUGGGGUGAUAGCCAGUGAAAGUGCUCCUUCAAACUUCUGUGGAACCUCUCAUGCUGUCGUGGCCCUGAUGGCGAAUGUGGGCGCUUUUAUGGCGGGGCUUCCCUUCAGCACUAUUGCCAAACAGCACAGCUGGGACAUGGCCUUCUGGGUAGCCGAGGUGACAAUGGGAAUCGCAACCAUCGCUUUCUUCCUUGUACGUAACAUGCGCACCAAAAUGGGAAAGAUCGUGGAGAAAAUGGACUAAAAUACCUGCCUGAAAUGAGCCACCUGUCAAUGUGCUUUGGUGUGAAUAUAGACAGACUGAGAUUAUGCACUGUUGAGUGCUCUUUAUACAGAAUACUGCACAUUACUACAUCUCCU